AUGCUCUCGGGCGUACAUCACUGCCCAGGCAGUCGUUUUAAUGUGUACCGCUAUCGGCGCGGAAUGUCGUUGCCUCCAGCCAUGGCGCGACGAACCCAGAGUAUCAAGCUGUUCGCGACAAUGUCUGGGCUCUUUUUCCAUGCGGCGGCUAGUAGACCUACAUACUGA